AUGGCCCCCAAAAAGAAGACUGUCAAAAAGAACAAAGGAGAUAUCAAUGAGAUGACCAUAAUCGUAGAAGAUAGCCCCCUAAACAAAUUAAAUGCUUUGAAUGGGCUCCUAGAGGGAGGCAAUGGCCUUAACUGCAUUUCUUCUGAACUAACAGAUGCUUCUUAUGGCCCCAAUCUCUUGGAAGGCUUAAGUAGAAUGAGGCAGGAGAACUUCCUUUGCGACUUAGUCAUUGGCACCAAAACCAAAUCUUUUGAUGUUCACAAGUCAGUGAUGGCUUCAUGCAGUGAAUACUUUUACAACAUCCUAAAAAAAGACCCAUCUACCCAAAGGGUGGAUCUCAAUGAUAUCUCACCACUAGGCCUGGCUACUGUCAUCGCAUAUGCCUACACCGGAAAGCUGACUCUCUCCUUGUACACGAUAGGAAGCAUUAUUUCUGCUGCUGUUUAUCUUCAGAUCCACACCCUUGUAAAGAUGUGCAGUGAUUUUCUGAUACGGGAGAUGAGUGUUGAGAAUUGCAUGUACAUUGCUAACAUUGCUGAAACAUACUCUUUGAAAAAUGCAAAAGCAGCAACCCAAAAAUUUAUCCGGGAUAACUUCCUUGAAUUUGCAGAAUCAGAUCAGUUUUUGAAACUUACCUUUGAGCAAAUUAAUGAACUUCUCAUAGAUGAUGACUUACAGUUGCCUUCUGAAAUAGUAGCAUUCCAGAUUGCAAUGAAGUGGUUAGAAUUUGACCAAAAGAGAGUGAGGUAUGCUGCAGAUCUUUUGAGCAAUAUUCGCUUUGGUACCAUCUCUGCACAAGACCUGGUCAACUAUGUUCAGUCUGUACCAAGAAUGAUGCAAGAUGCUGACUGCCACAAACUUCUCGUAGAUGCUAUGAACUACCACUUACUUCCAUAUCAUCAAAACACAUUGCAGUCUAGGCGCACGAGAAUCCGUGGGGGCUGUCGAGUCCUUGUCACUGUUGGGGGACGUCCAGGACUCACUGAGAAGUCCCUUAGUAGAGACAUCUUGUACAGAGACCCUGAAAAUGGAUGGAGCAAGCUUACAGAAAUGCCAGCCAAGAGUUUUAAUCAGUGUGUGGCUGUGAUGGACGGAUUUCUUUACGUGGCCGGUGGCGAAGACCAGAAUGAUGCAAGAAAUCAAGCCAAGCACGCAGUCAGCAAUUUCUGCAGAUAUGAUCCCCGCUUCAACACCUGGAUACACCUGGCCAGCAUGAACCAGAAGCGCACGCACUUCAGCCUGAGCGUGUUCAACGGGCUCCUUUACGCCGUGGGCGGCCGCAAUACCGAAGGCAGUCUGGCCUCGCUGGAAUGCUACGUGCCCUCCACCAAUCAGUGGCAGCCGAAGACGCCCCUGGAGGUGGCGCGCUGCUGCCACGCCAGCGCGGUCACCGACGGCCGGGUGCUGGUGACCGGCGGGUACAUCGGCAGCGCGUACUCGCGCUCGGUGUGCGCGUACGACCCCGCCGGCGACUCGUGGCAGGAGCUGCCGGGCCUGAGCACGCCGCGGGGCUGGCACUGCGCGGUCACUCUGGGCGACAGGGUGUACGUGAUGGGGGGUAGCCAGCUGGGGGCGCGCGGGGAGCGCGUGGACGUGCUGACCGUGGAGUGCUACAGCCCCGCGACUGGCCAAUGGAGCUACGCGGCGCCGCUGCUGGUGGGCGUGAGCACGGCGGGCGCCUCGGCGCUGCACGGCCGCGCGUAUCUCGUGGGGGGCUGGAACGAGGGCGAGAAGAAAUACAAGAAGUGCAUCCAGUGCUUCAGCCCGGAGCUCAACGAGUGGAUGGAGGACGACGAGUUGCCCGAGGCCACCGUGGGCGUGUCCUGCUGCACCCUCUCGAUGCCCAACAGCGUGACCCGGGAAUCCCGAGCCAGCUCGGUGUCCUCCGUGCCAGUCAGUAUCUGAACCCAGUAGGAGAUGCUGGCCUAUAGGAGCCCUCCCAAAAGAGGCACUGGACUCUGGCCC